AUGGCUGUCACCAAGCGCAAGUCCGGCAGUAUCACCGCCGAGAAGCCCGAGAAGAGAGUCAAGAAGGAAAAGUCCGCCCCCGCUGCUGCCGCACCUGCCUCCAACAAGAAGACUUUCUUUGGCAAGGUUAUCGACGAAGAGGAGGAUGAUGCUGAGGAUGAGGGCGAGCUCGAGGCUGAGCCUAUCCGGGACGACGAUGAGCAGAACGAUAUGGAUAUGGAGGUUGAUGCCGCUGCCCACGGUGACCAGACCGUUCCCCAGAAGAACAAGAUCCCUACAAAGGAGCAGAACGCACAGAAGAAGGCUCUUCGUGACGAGCGCAGAUCGCACAAACCCAACGCAGAGCUGAUCUACCCUGCCAAGAAGCUCUGGGAGAAGCUUCGUCUCAAGGAGCUCCCCAAGCCCGAGAGACAGCAGGUCAUGAAGGAAAUGAUGGAGUUGAUUACCGGCAAGGUCCAAGAGAUUAUUUUCAAGCACGACAUGUCCCGUAUCAUCCAGUCUUGUCUCAAGCACGGAAACGAGGCUCAGAGAAACGUCAUUGCAGGAGAGUUGGUCGGACACUACUUGACCUUGUCCAAGUCGAUGUACGGUCGUUUUAUUGUCGUCAAGAUUCUGCACUACUGCCAAAAGUACAGGGAGUCGAUCAUCAAGGAGUUUUAUGGAAAGGUCCGUCAGCUGAUCAAGCACAAGGAGGCUUCGACUAUUAUUGAGGACGCCUACUCGACUUACGCCAACGCUGCCCAGAGAGCUGGACUCAUCCAGGAGUUUUAUGGACCCGAGUUCCGUAUCUUCAAGGUCGAGGACAAGAAGACGCUUUCUGAUAUUCUUGCCCAGAACCCCACCAAGAAGGAAAACAUCAUGAAGCACCUCAUGGAGACCCUCAAGGGAUGCAUGGAGAAGGGUACUGUUGAGUUCAGCAUUGUCCACCGUGGAUUGCUCGAGUAUUUUGAGCAUGCUGACGCUAAGGGCAUUCAGGAGAUGUUGGAUGUCAUGAAGGAGCAGGCUGUCGAGAUUUUGCACACAAAGGAGGGCGCUCAGGUUGCAAUGUUGUGCUUGUUGCAUGCAUCGCCCAAGGACCGUAAGGCGAUGUUGAAGACGAUGAAGCCCUUUGUGGUCAAGAUCUGCAAGGAGGAAUACGGACACAUGGUGAUGUUGAGGAUGUUUGACGUUGUCGACGAUACAGUCUUGAUGAGCAAGGCCAUCCUGGCCGAGAUUGUCAAGGAGAUGGAAGAUAUUGCGAAGGACAAGUAUGGUCGUCGUGUGAUUCUUUACUUGCUCGCAGGACGGUCACCCAAGUACAUUUCCCCCCAGAGCAUCGAGCUCCUGGCCAAGGGUGACCUUGUCCGUGCCAACACCAGUAAGAAGGAUGCUGCUGUUCGUUCGUCCGAGUUGCUCAACUACAUUUCGCCCUCGUUGAUCUCUUUGAUCGCCACCAAGACCCGUGCCCUCACCAGCGAGCCCCUCGCCUGCCAGGUCGUGUUUGAGACAAUGUUGCACUCCACCGGAGACCGCCAACCUGCCAUCGAUGCCCUCUUGGCCCUUGCUGCUGAGAACCCCUCAGAAGCAACCUCGGAGACCCCCCAUGUGUUGAUGUCGAUGCCCACAGACCGUCUCUACAAGACUCUCGUCCAAUCCGAUUACAAGGCGCCGCUUGCCGAGCCUAGCUUACAUUUCGCCAAGGCUCUGUUGACCAAGAUUUCGCCUCACCUCGGAUUCUUUGCCCAGCAGAGCGGAUCGAGCCCCUUCAUUGUCUUGGCGCUGUUGGAGAACCCCGAGACUGCAGAGGAGACCAAGAAGGCAUUGGAGGCCAAGGGAUCUGCCAAAGGAUCAAUAACCAUCCAGAAGGAGCUCGAGAAGGUUGUCAAGGGUAAGCCCGAAAACGAGUUCAAGGCUGUCCGCUUGAUCCUCGACACUCUUUCCAAGUAA